GCCUUCACCGCUAUCCCAGGCUCUCUCUCGCCCGAGGACUGAGAUCUAAGAUUCCACCACCGUCCAGGGGCAGUUCCAGAAGCCCUCUUUUUGAGGGCGUUUUCCUCCAAUCCCCUCUAGCGCUGGCCUUGGCAGGCCAAGGAUCAUUGCCCAGAUCUAGUCCCCUACCCAGCUAUGCCUAUGAAAGGGAAAAAGGCCAAGACGCCCCUGUCUGAUGAGGAGCAGCUGCUUCUCUUUCAGCAGAAGUUGCUGGCAGAGGAGGAGAUGGCCAAGAAGAAAGAGAGGCUUCUGAGCCAGUUCUUGAAGGUCAAGCUGGCCAAGGAGGAACACAACAGUGCUGUGAGCCUUAAUAGGAUUAACACGCAGUGGAGAACCAUUCUUCGAGAUGCCAAGACCAGAGAUCUUCAUAAGGACAUUGAGAUCCUCAGCCAAACAUUUGAACGAGUGGUGGACCGCAAGGACUAUGUCAUCAAGUCUUUAGCUAAGGACCUGUCAGCAGCCGAAGAGCAGUAUGCCCGUGCCCUGCGCAGCCACUUGCACAACGUUGACCAGCUGUUGGCCCUUCAGAGAUGCCGGCUCAACCUCCUCGAGGAAAGUUACAACAUGGAGCUGGAGGCCCUAACCAAGGAGUUUGAGACAGAAAGGAAGACCAUUAUUGACCAACAUGAAAAAGAGAUUUGCUACCUACAAGAUGUCUUCAUGGCCAUGGAGCAGAGCUAUAUAGAUUCUGAGUAUGAAAGCAAGCUGGAAUUCCAGAGCAUGUGGGAUGAUCUCAAAAACAAGAAUAUAGAAGAGAAGCACUUUCUAAGACUGCAACUGGAGAAUACAGUGGAAUAUCUAUGGAGAAGGUUCCAGGAUGCACUCAAGAAUUACACUGAUGCCACAGAGGAUCGAAAGAUUGCCUUUGAGACCCUAAAGGUGAAGGACGAGAAGAGCUCCAAAGAGAUUGAAGCACAGAUGAAAAGAAUACAGAGACUACAGGAUUCUAUAAUUAUUUUAAAAGGCAAGAUCAUGGUGCACGGGCGUGACAGUGAAGAACAGAACCAAUACAUUCGUGAUGACAAGGAGUUGGUCCUUGUUCAACUGCGAAAACUUAAGGCCCAAAGGACUCAAGCCCGGGGAAUAUCACAGGAAAACUUAGUUAAACUUACCCUGGAAAGUAAUGCCACCCUCAAGGCCCUGAGAAAGAUUGUCGAUAAGGGUGAAAAGAUCCUUAAACUUGCUGAAAUAUGUAGGAAAUUUGAAACAGAGGAAGAAAAAGUGCUGCCUUUUUAUUCAUCAGUAUUGACUCCCAAGGAGCAGGAGGAGAUAAAGGAAAUUAACCCAGAGGAGCUUACUGAGGAGCUUGCAAAGGUGAUAGUGGACUACACAGGGAUGGAGAAUUUCUGGAAAAGGUACAACAAGGUGAAACUGGAGCAACUGAGCCUCCAACACAGACGUGCCCAGUUGUUAGAAAUCAAUGGGAAACUGCGGGAGAUGCUCAAGCAGUACUUGGAUGGCAUCUCAGUGAGUGAUGAAGUGCUGAGCCAGCUCAACCCACUCUUCAUUGUCAACCACCAAAGCAACUUACCCCAGCCCUUGUCCACACCUACAACCCAGCCAGGUGACAAACCACCUCCAACCACUUACAACAUCAUUGAAGCAGCCCAUGUGGUCUCCCACAUCCUGUGAUACAAGGAGAAAAUCUCUUUUCAAUCCCCAGAGAAUUUUUUGAGAGACCCAAGGACUUUUAAACUAUUAAAAAUUUCCAUGGAGUUUAUGAGCUCCUUUUAUCUUUGCCAUACUGGACAGAGCAGUCUCCUUUGAGGACACUAGGAAGACAGCGGCCCCAGGGAGUGGAGAGAAUAGCCAGGCAACUACCAGGAGGCUUACAGCUCAAUGAAGCAGUGCUCCUCGGAGUCAGGGCACCAUGGGAGCCAAAACCCAUACCUUCAGGAUGUAGAGAUCCUGCGGGAAGAUUCCAGACCAGGUCCUUGGGGUAAGUUAGGACAGGAAGAGGAAGCCAGGAGAGGAAGUGAUCCAAAGCCUCCAACCACCCUCACGCCAGUCAAGAUCCAACUCAGAAUGCCUUUUUCCCCAGCCCUCUAUCUCCUUCCCACUUACAAAAAUAGCCUCAGAAACUAUCAGGUGAAGAAGUCAAAGAAGUUUUUUAAAAUUAUUAUUAUUUAUUUCUUUUUGCUCUUGUUUCGUUUCUCUUCCUUGAGCUUCUUUUUGGAGACUUUAGGUCUGUUGGCCUUUUUGUAUAGGU